AUGACCAUUCGGACCAUUCAGAAAGCCAUAGAGUUGUUCAAGCAGGAAGCACCUUUGAUCAUUCUGCCAGAUGUGGACAAGCGCAUGGAGGAGAGCUCCCAGCAAAAACUUCCAAUAGCCAUCCUUUUUCCAGGUCAAGGGUCUCAGUAUGUCAAGAUGCUGGCGGAGGUGAAAGAGCUGGAACCCUGCAAGCGGCUGAUUGAGAAAGCCAAUGCAAUUCUGGGGUACGAUCUUCUGGAUCUUUGCUUGAACGGUCCAGAGGACAAAUUGGAGGAGACAAAAUUCUGUCAGCCCGCCAUGUUCCUGGCGAAUUGUUGCGCAUUGGAGAAGCUGCGCUUGGAGAAACCGGAGGUCGUAGAACGCUGCUCUGCAACUGCAGGUCUCUCAUUGGGUGAGUACAACGCUAUUUGCUUCUCCGGCAUGUUGAGCUUCGAAGAGUGCUUGAAGGUGGUGCGUGUCAGGGCUGAUGCCAUGCAAGAGGAGUCCCUUCGAUCGCAGCAGGCGAUGAUCUCAGUGGCUGGCCUUGAUCUCGCAGUGCUUGAGAGCCUUUGUGAGAAGGCAGCCAGGCAAGCCGGCAACCUGGGAGAACGCGAGGCUGUAUGCAAGGUUGCCAAUCACUUGUUCCCGAAGGGCUACACCUGCUCUGGGGACAAAUCAGCAGUGGAGUUGUUGAAAGGCUUCUGUGAGAAAGAAGGGGCGCUACAAGCUCGCUACCUGAAGACAUCUGGAGCCUUCCACACGUCCUUGAUGGAACCAGCAGGUGUCAAACUACUCAAGGCUCUUCGAGUGCGAGUCACGGAGAUGAACUUUCCGCGAGUGGAUGUGUACAUGAACGUACGAGGAGCACCGCAAAAAGCUGGCACCGACCCACGGGAGAUCAACUAUGACUUGGCCGAGCAGGUGGCAUCUCCUGUCCUUUGGCAAGCGAGUAUUCAGGAAAUGAUGAAGAAUGGUAUCACGGAGUUCUACGAAUGUGGUCCCAUGAAACAGCUCAAGGCCAUGAUGAAGCGCAUCAGCCAGGACAGCUUCAGCAUUUGA